CUUGUUCUGUGAUGCUAAUGGAACUGUAAUUAAUGCCUUGGUGGAAGAACUAAAUAACCAGCUUGAUAUAAAGGCCAUCAUGGAACAGUUCCAAAAAUACCUGAAUCCAAUGGGAGUUAGCAGUGGCCCCCUGAACCUGACCUCAUCUGUUGCCAACAUGAUGCAUUUGGUGGAGUUGUUCACCCAAGCUGGUAACAUGCGGAUUGAUGAUAGCCUUCUUAGCACAUUCAACGUCUCCAACCUUCAGGCCUCAAUCAAUAGAGUCCUCAGUUCUCUCAUGGAUCCAGAGUGUGAUCACACAAGCUAUAACAGGUGCAGGGUCAGCGCAAGAUAUUCUCCCUCCUGAGAUCUCAACUGCCUUAGCUCCUGUUAUCAAC